UCAUUUUUUGCCGCCAUUGGAACCCGCUCUUUCUCUCUCGCUCAACAUUCGAAAACAAGUUUCUGCUUUCGACUCAAUUCUCCGGCGAUCUGUCCGAUCAUCAAGAUAUGGAUACCUCAAAUCCUGCAGUUUUUGUCAAUGCAGAGCUUCUGCGAUUGUAUGUUGGAAGACGGGUUCGGGCACUGAUUCAGGUUGUGCGAACUGAGGGUGGAACUGUCAUUGGAAAAUCUACUGAUGAAAACCAGCUAGUUGUAAAGGGCUCCCCACCCUUUCCUCUUACAAAAUUUGUUGAGGUCAUAGGCAUUGCUGAUGGUGAAAAAUCCAUCCAUGCUGACAUCUGGAACAACUUUGGAGAGACAAUUGACACAACUACUUACAAUCAGCUCUGUCAGCUUGCAAACGGGGAUUUUAAACACUUGUUCAUUUGAGUUGCAACAAGAUUGCAGCGCAAACUCGAAAGUGCUUACAAGUUACAUCCUCAUGGGGCUUUGAACAGAAAGCGCUUGCAUUUUAAACACUUGUUAUGUAGUUAUAAUGCUGUCUUUGGCAAUUUCUCGAAUUUUAGUAGUGAAGUGAUUAAGAUCUUAGUUAUUUGACAUAUGCACAAGUCUCAAAUGUUUAACCCUUUUUGAAUGAACCUGCAGUCUAUUUUUA